UUCAAAUAAAGUUAGGAUGAUAAAAUAAGAUUCGAAAACUCGAUUAACUCGAAAAUUUUCGAUUCGAUCCGAUUCGAUUCGAUCGAAUGCUCACCCCUACUUUUGUCAUGCCUUUUGGUCUCAAAAGGCUGAAAAAGUUGAAAUUGUGGUUGAAGGAGCAAUUUCCAUUGCUCAAACCAAUGAAGAUUUUAUUUGUUUUACCCUUGAUUGGUGGCCUACAAACAAGUGUGAUUACGAUCAAUGUCCGUGGGGUCAAGCUGGACUUUUUAAUUUGGUAGUUUUAUUUUAUAUUUUGAGUAUAUAUUGAUUAAAGACGGUUUAUUUAUUUAGAUGUUUAUUAAUUUAUAUUAUAUAUUCCAUAUGUAGGAUUUGAAAAACAAGAUUCUUGAAAAGGCUGUAAAAUGUGAGUAUUGGAGUUGUUUUAAUGAAUAUUUUUUCUACUGAUAUAGCAGCUUCUAAUAUGCUAAUUAACUUUGGUGAAUAAUUAUGGUUUCAGCAUUUAAUCCUUUGAGAAUUAGAGUUGGAUGUUCAUCAAGAUCAAGUGGUGUACAACGUCCGAAAUAAUGUUGAAAAUUGCCAACCAUUUCAAAAACAAGACAAGGAUUUCUUAUUUGGUUUCUCCAUUGGAUGUCUUGACAUGAAGAGAUGAGAUGAACUUAAUGAGUUUUUCCAUCAAACUCGGAAAUGAACUGUGUGGAUCCGGAGUUAGUACUAGGAUUGAAGCUAAACAAUAUGCAAAAGAUAUGGCAACACUUGAAAAUCUUGUAAAAGAGAUGUAUCCAAAUCCUAAAACUCAACCUAAGAUUUUAGGCCCGGAAGGUUUCUAUGACAAGAAAUGGUUCGAUACUUUUUUGGAUGCUUCAGGACAUGAUGUUAUUGAUGGAGUUACACAUCAUAUUUAUAAUCUUGGACCCGGCAAUAACCCAGAUGUGGUUCAUUGUGUCCAAGAUCCAUUUUUAUUGACUCAAAUUACUCAAACAUUUAUAGAUGUUCCAAAUGCUAUUGACAAAUUUGCACCAUGGUCUGGUGCAUGGGUUAUUGAAUCGGGUGGAGCUUAUAACAGUGGUGGCCAAUUAGUGUCGUAUACAUUUGCAUUUGGCUUUUGUGCGCUUUUGUGGCAUAAAAUUAUGGGAAGUAAAGUUCUUUCCGUCACGCAUAAGGGUUCUUCAUAUUUGCGUGUAUACUCUCAUUGUGCAAAAAAAGAGCCUGGGAUUUCUUUCGUUUUUUAUCAACUUAUCGAAAAAUACCUCGUUUGAAAUCGAUUUUUUCCAUGAUUUAAAUUUUAAUGGUGGGAGUCCAAAUUUUGAAUUUAAAGGACAUAAAGAGCGAGAAAAGUAUCAUUUGACUUCAAAAGAUGGAAAUAUCUUAAGUAGUAUUGUAUUGUUGAACGGAACAACAUUAGAACUUUCAGACUCAUUGGAGAUACCAGAGUUGAAGCCAAAGCUUAUGGAUGGUUUGAAACCCAUUAGCAUCAUUGCUCAUUCAAUCGCGUUUGUAACCAUAAGAGAUUUCAAUGCAUCUGCAUGUUCUUAGGAUUUUAUCUCUUUUAGACCAAAAUUUAUUAAUUUUAUUCAUUAGGUAAAUUUAGGAUUUCUUAUUUGUGAGGAACAAGAUUUAUUAAUUUCAUUGUUAGGUCAAUUUAGGUUACCAUAUUUUUUUAAUUUUUAAUUUGUUCCUUCUGAAGAAAAUAAAAUUUUCUUUUUA